CAAAUUUUUCAAAAAAAUAUCCGUUGCACCUGCUUUAAUUGCUCCAACAACUCUUUUUUUUCAAAUUCUUGAACGUUGGCCACCCUCUCUCCUAUAUAUUUGGACCCCCUCUUCUCAUUUUUACACACACAAACACAAACUUCUUCAAUCUCCUUGCAUAUUUUAUCCUCUCUAACAUUCUUUUUGAGAUUUCUUCAUCACCAUGGCCAAAGAUAAGAACAGGGCAGGAGCUUCAGGAAAAUCCAAGGCAAAAUCCCGGGCACCGGUAACCAAUCCCGAGGAUCGCAUCGACUACGGCGAUGGGACGUAUCUCUGGUUCGAUUCCGAGGAGGAGCGCACCCGUUUUCUCACCUUCUUCUCUAAACGGGUUGUGGCUCCCCCUCGAAUCAUCCCGGAGCGCUACCCGGAGCUGCAAGGCUACGACGAUCUUGACGCACAGCUUCAUCAAGCCGGCCUUUGGCCGUUCGUCUCCCGGGCACGCAAGGAGAUCAACCCGGCACUGAUUCGGGCCUUCUACUCGAACCUCCGCCGUGAGGACGACGUGCUCUACUCGCUCGUCAAGAGCACGCCGAUCGAGCUCACCGUGGAGCGGCUUGGACGCAUCGCCGGCCUCCCCUUCCAAGGCGACGACGUGUCACACUAUGGUGGAGAGGAUUGGGUGCUCAACAACGAGGGCCUUAUCCUCAACGAGCUUGGCAUCACCGAGCUCAAACGCCAUGCCUCAGGCCGCCCAACCAUCCACUCCGCCAAACCCGAAGGCCGCCAGGUCCUUUACAUCGUCACCCGAAUCCUCAAACCCAGGAAGCACGGCCACACCAUCAUGCACGGUGAAGACCUCAAACUUAUGCACGCAAUCAUGCACUCGGCCCCAAUCAAUUGGGCAAAGUUCGUCAUGAUCAACAUGACGAUUGCUGCGUCCACCGAGCACGACCACCUCCUCCCGUACCCGUUCUUGGUGAUGGACAUCCUUGAACGGUUCAGGCUAACCACCACCAUUGGCCCGCUCAUGAAGGCCACGAAGAUUUGGACAAUUAGUAACCAAACCUUCCUCAAGCGGUCGGACAACACCGCGGCUGCCACUGCCGAGCCACGCCGCACUGCCCCUGCCGCNCGUUGGAGCCUCUUUUGGCACUAUAAAAAGGGGUGUUUGG